AUGACCGGAUUAUCAGAACAGAUCAAGCGCAAUCCCAUUGGAAAUGGGCUUGAUGAUGUUCGCAGUACUUUCAAGUCCGUAAACACCAGGGAAAAGACGCCAUAUUCUACAGAUUCAGUAGAUCAACUCGGCCAGGAAGAUCUUCGGAACCUGACCCUCCCUCUCCUGGUUGCCUUGCAAAGCCACGUCCUUUCAACAUCUCUACCAUCGACAUCGGGCUGCGGCAGUUUACAAAAUGAUCUCCUCAGACUUAUCUCGGCCGCAGCCUCCGACAGCUUCGACUUCAAUCGCGUCAAACCACUUCUGAAAGCGGCUUUCUCUAGUAAACUCGAUGAUGCCACCAUCUGGGAGGCACAUAGAGCCAUUACAGAAACCACGCCAUCCUCCCCCCCCCCCCCCCCCCCCCCCAAACCCCCCUCCCUCCACCACCUUCUCCUUCAAACCCCUCAAACCCCUUCUUACAAGGGCUUUCCUUAA